GAAUAAUAUAUAUUUGUUUGUUUCCCAUUGGUUUCAAGUCUUGAAAUAUCAGAAAUAGUGUGUAAGACGAAAUGUACAACUGUAGUAAUGUUCGGAUAAAUACGCUUUGCUGGCAAUAAGUCAAUAAAAUAGUUGUUUAACUUUGGGUAACCGAGUGUUAUGAAGUAUUUAUACUCACAUGUAUUUAUCAACUGACAGACCAGAAAAAGUGAUUGCAAAGAUGUCUGCACCUGUUUUGGUAGGAGCAAUGUUUCUGGUGAUAUUUAUACUGAUGCAAUUGUAUCGUAGAUACCGCCGAAUGCACUAUGAUGUUCUUGUCCCUGACAUCAGCAAAGGUCAUCGAUGGGUCAUGAUGGAUCUGUUUAAUGAAGCAACAUAUUGUAACAUUAAAAACAUUCCAAUCAAACAUGGAGCAAAAUGUGACACAUGCGGGAUCUGUGUUGAAGAUGAAAACAUGAAGCAAGCAAAUAAAACCCUCCCGUGUAAACCCUCUUCUGUGAAAGGUGAUGGAACACCACAUCAGUGGGUGAAAGGAAAUCUACCAGAAUGUAGUAUGUGCUAUGCUUGCGGCCAAGAAUGCGGAACUCUGCCACAAAUCUGUGAUAGAAGAUGUGUUUGGUGUAAACGAACACUGCAUGAUUAUUGUACAUAUGAUGAUAUGACGUGUGAUUUUGGAAAAUUUAGACAAAUUAUUGUACCGCCACAUUGUGUUGAAUUGAAAAGAGUUGGAAUUAAAGGAAGGAGACAUUUGAUAGUAUCAAAAGCAAGACAUCCACUGUUUGAAAAUUGGAGACCGUUAAUUGUACUAGGAAAUAGGAAAAGUGGUAAUAAUGAGGGGGAAAUUAUGCUUUGUGCAUUUAGAGAUAUUUUAAAUCCAGCACAGGUGAUAGAUUUACAUAACAUGCAGCCGGAGAAUGCUCUAGAAUGGUGCCAUCUAUUACCUGAUGUUGUAUUUCGUGUUCUUGUGUGCGGUGGGGAUGGAUCUGUAGGCUGGGUGCUAAAUGCAAUAGAGAAUCUCAAACUGAAGACUCCUCCAGAAGUUGGUAUAUUGCCAUUAGGUACAGGGAAUGACCUUGCUCGUGUCCUUGGCUGGGGUGAAGGUCAUGAUACAGAUGCUGAUAUUAAUGAAGUGGUGCACCAGAUUAUUGCAGCAACGCCUGUACAGUUAGAUAGAUGGAAGAUAACAAUAAAUCACAAGAAACAUUUAGGAAUAUCUAGACCUAAAAAGGAGAUGGUAAUGAACAACUAUUUGUCUAUAGGCGUUGAUGCUUUGGUCACUUUAAACUUCCACAAGUCACGGCAGUCAUGGCCCUGGUUAUUUGCUAACAGGCUAAUCAACAAGUUGUGUUACUUGACAUAUGGUACAAAAGAUGUGCUAGAAAGAGAAUGUAAGAAUCUCCACAAGAAAGUCAAGUUGGAGAUGGAUGGUGAAACUGUGGAGCUACAUGACAUAGAAGGGCUGGUUGUUCUAAACAUAGCAAGUUGGGGCGGUGGCUGUAGACCCUGGGAUCUUGCUGAGAAUAAAGAUGAUUUCAGUCCAGCAAGGUAUGAUGAUGGCAUGGUAGAAGUAAUGGCACUGUACUCGUCAUUCCAUAUAGCCCAGCUGCAGGUCGGCAUGGCAUCUCCAUUAACACUAGGUCAAGCCAGAAAUGUCAAGAUAACCUUGAUAGGAAGUAAUGCACCAAUGCAGUGUGAUGGUGAACCUUGGGAGCAGCAUCCUGCAGAAAUUAACAUCAGAUAUCACAGGAAAGCAAACAUGCUGGCCAUGACACCACAAGAAUUAUGAAAACUUCCUCUGAGGAAGUAACUAGAUGUAAAGUUAAAUGUAAAAAGUAUUUAAUACUUUAAGCUAUCUUAUUGUGUUUGCUUUUAAUGUUAAACCUUUUUUGGUGAUAACAGUAUUGAAGAAAAUGUACUGUAUGGCUGCAAUCUGAUCUUUUUAUACAAUAUAUGUAAAAGCAAUGCUUAGUAAAAUGUGUCAACUUUCCAUGAUUGUAAACAUAAAGAGUUAAUAAAGAAUGGCAACUUGAUACAAAUUGUUGGUGCUCACUAUGUGCUAAAUAAAAUCAAAUAGAGAAAUCUAGUUUUUGUAAAAAUUUAUGCUUAAAAAGGUGGCCAGAUAUAUGUAUGAAUACUUAUUUUUUAUCUUUAUUUUUUGCAAAAAUCUGUUCAGUUUUGAUCAUAAAAUGAUAAAAGUCUACUUUGUAAUUUAAUCAUAAAUAAUUUUGUUAAUAGUUAAAAAGAUUUUAGUUUUCCAAAAUUAAAGGUUAUUGGUUAGUUUUUAAGAUAGACUUAUUCUCUAAUAACUGUAAUAUGCAGAUUUCAAUAAAUAACUAAAUAUCAUUUCUUUCAAAAACAACCAGCCAAAAUUUAAAUUUUUCUUAAACCAGUCUGUCCUUCGGCAACCAUGUAUGGUUACCUUUUAGGAUUGCUUAAAUUUCUCUUACUGGUAUGUUGGGUUUAAAGUGUUUAAAUGCUUUUAGGUUUAAAGUCACUUUAUGUUAAAAAUUUUAUAAUUUUUGAAACACUGAGAGAGCGAAGAUCUGAAAUUUGGAACACAAGAUAUUGCUGUAGACUUUCAUUAAAAGGCAUAAAAAUCUCAAAAAAUAUUUUGUCAAAAAAACAGUUACCUCAGUCGAGUCCCUUUAAGCAGGGAGUCUUGCCCAUUUAUUCAUGUGAGUGACUUAAGGCCAUCACAGUCCUCUUGUUCUGCUCAAAUAAUUUAAUUAGUGAAUUCUUUGCUUUUAUCAUUUUACUUUUAAAACCAAGGCAUCUAUUUUACAUGAUGAUUUUCUUGGAAACCUUGUAGUUUAUUGGCUAUCUCAUCUUCUACCUCGUAUAUAAAUAUGAAUAUAAAAAUUAUAUUCUAUAAAGUAUUUGAAUAUUGAUCUUUAAUAGACUUUUUUUAAUUUAUUAAUUUGUGGUGUUUUAAUAGGGAAAAGUCAUUAAUUGACUGAUAUGCUGUUUCAUUCUCAUUGCAAGGAAAAUCAAAAUAAUUAUCAUCUACUUAUGGCUGCAAAAAACUGUAGCCCUGUUUAAUCUCUAGAUGUAAUAGGUUUUGAAUGCCUUGAGCAAUGAAGUGCAAUGUACUGCAAUUUACAAAUAUAUCUUUUUUAACUACAUAUAAAUACCUUUGAUUUAGAAUGUAAAUUUUUGAAAUAUCCAGAUUGUUAUUUAUGUACAGGGUCUUUUUUGUGUGUUUUUAUAUAAUUGAUUAUUUCUGUUUAUUUUGAAGUAUUUACUAUCAUUUUUUUUUGGCAUUUAGGAUUUAUGAGUCAUUUUAAAACAACCUGUUUAGUCACUUAUGAUUAUUUAUUGCUUCUUUACAUUUGAAAUGGAUUUUUUUAAUGAUACUUGAAUAGAAACAUUAAAAUUCCAUUUUUGAUAUCUUAAUGGUUGUAUGCAGAGUUUUUUUGCAUUUUUCUUUUCUUUUCUUUUUUAAAUAUAAAAUAAAAAUGUAAUAUUUAUCAAGUAAUCAGUUGUACAUUUUGUAUCAUUAAUAUUUAUUAUUUUUUUGCAUUAAUUCUAAUGAUAUCCAUUAUUUAAUGGGUGUCAAAAUAAUUUUUUAACCAUUAUGAGUUAUAAAUUUAUGAUUUUAUUUCAAACUUGUCCUUAAAGACCAUUUUUAGAUAAAGACCACAUUUAUAUUCUGUAACUUAAAAUUUGUAUUUUGAUAUAUUUUCCUUAGUAUUGUUUCCUUUUAAGUCAGUUAUAUUGCAGUCAUUUUUGUAUAAUCAGGGUUUGCACUGCAAAUUCUUUGUUUUAUUUGUGAACAAAUAUAGUGCAAAAAGCCAA